AUGAAGGAAGAAGAAAGGCAGAAGCGAGGAUUGCAGAAGGAUAAGGAAGCAGGUAAGGAGGUAAAUAGAGAAGCAGAAGUAUGGCAGGUUGGUUAGGA